UGGAAAGAGACUUUUGAAACUUUAAAUAGAUCCCAAUUUAAAUAUAGCGCGAACUUGCGCUUGACUACAAUCCACAAGUAAGUUCUUGACAGAUACGUCAAGAUUAUGAUUAAAUUUUCGGGAAAAUUCUAUGACAAAAUUUCUGCGCUAAAAAAGAAAAAUGAGUAAAAAAUAGUGAGAAAAAGUGAAUUCCUUAUUUUAAAAAAAAAUUGUUUUGCCUAAAGUGCCGUUCGGGUAUUACGUAAUCUGAUUAUGCAAAACAUGAUUCGAAAAUACGAAAUUUAUCGCUUUUGUCAAGCACAGGGUCAAAAGUAUCAGAAGAGCAUUAUUUGUCGGAAUCAAUCUAACGGCACACGUGAUGCAAAAAACACAAAUGAUAAAUCGGAUUUGGCUCGAAUUGACCUGACUUCCGAUAGUCCUUAUGAACUUUUUAAGGAAUGGCACGAGGAAGCACGAAAAUUUUCUACUAGCAAUCCAAAUGCAUUAUGCCUUGCCACUGUAUCGAAAGAUUUAAAAGUUAGUGCAAGGCACGUUUUUCUUCGACAACUUGACGAAGAUGGGCUCGUUAUAGUGACAGAUAACCGUAGUCAAAAAGCACAAGACUUGGCAGAUGUACCUUCUGCUGCCAUGAGUUUUUUAUGGUGUUACAUUAAUGAAAAAAAUAAUCACAUGAGCAGACAAGUCAGGAUUGAAGGGAAGGUUGAAAUGCUUCCCAAAAAAGAUUAUGAACAUUUAUAUGAGAGAGAAAAAAUCUUUUGUAAAAUUCGAUCUUUUAUUUGUAAUCAAGGGCGAGAAGUAAAUUGGGAUGAACUGAAGCAAAAACACGACCAGAUUUUGAAAGAAGUUCAAAAUGGAAAAAAAUCUUUACCGAUGCCAUCACAUUUUGUCGGCUUCAAACUCUUCCCUGAAAUGAUAGAAUUCUACUCUGCCUGGGACCAUUUUAUAGCGGAUCGAAUAAAAUUCCAAAGAGAUUCUUUGUCUAACACUUGGAAGCACUGCAGAAUUGCAGCCUAAAAAUUAAAAAAAAAUUAGAUUAGUAUAAUCUUUAUACAUUAUUUUACAACUUUUUUAUAUACAAAUCAAAAUUGGAAAUUCGCAUACUCUAUUAAGAUUAUUUUUUAUAAGAAUAUAUAAUAAUAUACAAUAAUAAUAUUUACAGCAUUUAAAAAAAUACUUUUUGU